AAGACCCUUACUACUCUGACCCUUGAGUCAUUUCCCAGGCUAGGCCAUCUCCCACUGCAUUCGGUGAAACAUGUUGGAAAUUGCAGCAUAAAUGGUCUGACAUGGGGAGCAAGAAAACAUAUGAGGGAGAGGAACAGUAAAACAUGUAAGAUGACCAAGUGGAAGAGCUGGAGUCGUUGCAGGUAGUGCUUUAUUUUGUCUGUGUCUUUGUGCUAUUGUUUUGAAUUGUCAUUCAAAGAAGCACUGUUAUACAGGAUCCAGAUGUUCAGCAGCUUGUACCACGAGCACAGGUAGUGACUCUUUCCUUGGCAGACAAGUGUCUUUUAGGUUGUCUUCCCUGCAAAGCCGAGGUCUCUAAGACAGCAAUAGUUUUGACCUGUUCCUCCCCACAGUAAUGAACUGAGAAUGGGUUUGAACCUAUUACAAUCACCUGUUAAAAUCUUCUAGCAAAGUAGCAGUGUAAGAAAUGAGGAUUUGCUACAUUUUCCCUUUCCAAAGUGCAGCACCCUAACACAUAGAUAGAUCCUUUCUACUGAACAUAUCAACUUCUCCUGCGUAUUUACUACCAUUCCUCCAUUUUAGCCACACACACAAACAUUCACUGUUUUAUUCAGGUGCUUCAGGGACACUUUAGAAAAACUCUCAUUUACAUCAGCAAGACUGUAUACUAAUUUUCAGUCACUGACACCAGUCUCUUUUCCCUCCAGAGAUUUUAUGAUAGCUGGAAAGCCUCCAGAGCUUUUGAAUCUUUAAUUUCAGGGUCCUCCUGAGGGCAAGGAGCAGAGAUUUGCAUCACAGGGAGGUCGCAUGGGUAUCACAGAUGCAGAGCUAGAAGGCCAUCCGAUUAAGUAGAAGCAACUAAAUCCAUAAAUUGGUCUGGAAAGCCUUUAGUACUGGGGAUGAGCAAUGAGACUACAGGUUUAUUCUACAGUUUCAUUCUAAGAUGUGUGACUGAAUUUGCAACACCACCUGUUAAUGCAGUACUUCAGCUGGAUAGAAAUAUAAUGAGGAAAAGCAGUUUCCAUCUUGUAUAAAUGAGCUUAAACAGUUGUUUCCUCUUUCAGGUUAUACCUAGAUAACGCUUUCUAAGCACCUCCUUUUAAUAGGAUCUUGUCUACAGAUUAGCCACCCUGAAAUGCUUGUGCUCCCUCAUCAGAAGAGUGUAUGCUCCCAACAGCUAGCCUGCAGGCUUUUAAGGAUUCUUCUUCCAGCCAGACUGACAGGCGAGGCCUGCCACAACAGGCAGCCGGGCAAGCCCUGGCCGUGGCAAGGAGCAGCCCUUCUUACAGCAAGCUGAAAUGUGGAGAGAGGAGCAGUGCAGGGAUGAGCCAAGCAAUACAAGAGAGGAUCAUACAGACCCUGUGGAGUGGUAUGACUACACCAUACCCUGGACUUGAUGGAUCAGGAGAUGGAUCGAUGAUAUUACCCACUUUUACAGCAACACAUCUUCCUGCUACGGGUCCUUCGACUGUGGAUGAGCCAGUACUUGUAACUGAAAGCACCAUUGAAAGCAGCUUUGAAACACAGAGUUCUCCAAGUACUGAACUGGAUGCUGUGAAUGAUGAGGACAGCCUAGAUGCAGCAGAACAGUCUAUAUUGAUAUAUGUUGUCCCUGUGGCGCUGCUGGUCCUGAUGAUUUUGUUGAUCACAUUUUUUGUAAUGCAUCAUAAAAGGAAAAAGUCCAAGCAAGAUGAGCUGGGAAGCGAAAACGUAAAAAGUCCUAUUUUUGAAGAAGACACACCUUCUGUUAUGGAGAUAGAAAUGGAGGAGCUUGAUAAAUGGAUGAACAGCAUGAACAAAAAUGGUGACUGUGAAUGUUUGCCUACUGUAAGAGAAGAAGAAAAAGAAUCAAUCGCCAACCCAAGUGAUGGUGAAUCAUGAAGUCCUCAGGACAGCAAAGAACUGACUAAAGGGAUGCAGCACACAAGCUCAUCAUCCCCCAGAUACUGGAAGAACUGGAUUUAAAUAUAAUUCAUCUCAAAAGGCCAGAGAAGCAAAUGCAUUUCUUGUGUCCUGCUUUAUAUGGUCUUCAGAAAGGAAACAUCACCAAAGGAAAAGAAGAAAAGAAAAAGGAGAAAAAAAAAAGACAAAAAGCAAAGUACUGCAGCAAGAUUGAGGACUGAUUAAAAUUAUUUUUGCAAUGAGCUUCACCACAAAUAAAGACAAACCUCUUUUUCACCCCUGCUAAAAGUUCUCAAAGUAGUCCAUGGUUCUGUCUAGUUCUGCAGUUGUGUAUUGUGCUGCACUUAAAACAAAUUAUGUUCUGGGUUUGGUGGGUUUCUUUGCUCUGGUUUGGUUUUGUGGGUAUUUGUUUCAGUGUCCAUAAUUCUGGACCACCCUGGUUUGAUGGAGAUGAAGCUCAUGCCUAUGCAAAGUUUAUUUCUCAGUUUGCUUUUUUAUGAGCAGUGCACUGAUUUACACAGGACUGCUGUUGGGGAGUACCAGGCUAGGACUGACAGACCAGAUCCGAGGACAGACAGCAGCUGAAAAGCCUCUCAAAGGAAUAGCCAGAAGUGACUGCAGCCCAGCGAGGGCACAGACUCUGCAGAGUGCUUUUGGUUUUCAGAUUAAAGGCGCUGUAGUAGUGAAAAGUAUUAUUUUGAGAAUGCCUUUCAGUUCCACGGAUGAGCACCCUGGGCUAGCUCUCCCCAUGUAACUCUUCUCCCUGCCCAGGGCUGCUCUCCAGCCUCCUACUUCAGGAAUAUUCAACUUAAAAACAUUGCUUUUUUUUUAAAAAAUGACUGAGGUUGAAAAAUUAAGCAAUUCAGUACUCACAUUAAAUGCAGAUUUAGAUAAGUAUGUGUUAUGCAUAACUACUUGGUCAAGGUUUUCAGAUACAGGAGGUUUUCUGCUGCUUCUGCUUUUAAAUACUGAGCCUGCAAUAUCUAAAAGAUAUGGACUUCUGAGUGUGCCUGGUCACCUUUAGUUACAAUGAAAAAAAACCAGACUCCUGGGAUACCUCAAGGUGGAAAUAUGAAUGUUUUGACUGUGUCCAUUGAUUUUAGCUACCAUGUCUCCUAGGGAUUAGUACCUUAAAAAUGUAACACACAUAAAAGUGGAUCCUUGUCUGGGCAAAGCUUCUUGUACCUUAUUUAAAAUAGCAGAUUGAUAUCCUACCGUAUCUUAUAUCCUACCUAUCCUCGUAUUCUAUUUAAAUAGAAUAUGUAAUGCCUUCCCACUCAGUACAUGUUUAAUAUGAUCAGUUUUGCUUUGCCUGCAAAUAAUUCACUAAUAAGUUACCAUGCAUAGCUUGAUUAAAAAGAGAAAGCAAAUGCCCCAAGACUCUGUGAUGGCAUCUAAGUAUCACUGACAGAGGAUGGUUUGUGAAUAAUUCAAGACAUGUCAAAAUACAGGAGGAAAAAAAUGUUUAGAGCUAACCAUAUUAAUUCAUUACUGAAUUUGACUUGAUUUGUAAUUUCCUCAAAGAAUAAAAGAUUUCUUCACUGUUCCAAAACAAUUUAUUGCAAAUAUUGGAUUUAGUAAGUGAGUGAUGGUAAAUAAAUUUUCCCUGUUUGGAUGAUUUUUAA